GCUAAUUCGAGCUCCUUCAAGCCAGCAAUAGUAAGCAACACUAGACGUAUCCUAGUAGUAGUUGUCUUGUGUUCUGAUAUAGCCUGCUAAAAUUGAUUUCCUCGAAGUAGAAGCAACGAAAGUAGUUGCUCAAGUGUUGAACAAGAACAAGAGAUAAGACAAAGGGACUGAGUCGCCUCAGUGAUGGCCAGGCCUAUGGGGGAUAGCCACCGUAGGUUUCUGCAAACCAUGAUGACACUUGGCAUAGUAGAAGGCUCAAAGGCCAGGGCACUGCACCGACAUUGUUGUGAGGCGCAUGGUGCACAUUAUGCCCAUGACAAAUUGGAUGAAUUUAUCGGCGUCAUCAACACACAGCUACAGCCAAUGUUCAUGCAGAUCAGAAAAGGAAUGUCGGAAGAUGAUGGUCUUCAGUACUAUGCUUUGGUGAACAUUGCUAAGACAGAUGUGACCAGAAUGUCAUCUGAUUAUGCAGACAAUGAGCUGGAAUUGUUCAGAAAAACAAUGGACCUUAUUGUUGAUUCAGAAAAUGGAGCAGCUUCCUCUACAGACAUUCUGAACUGUGCUGACAGCCUUCAAACAAAGAAGAUGAAGAAGAAAGAGACGGAACAGGUCCUGAAUAGGUUCGUCCAGGACAAGUGGCUGAAUGAGAAACACGGUGAAUACACGCUGAGCACUCGUUGCAUCAUGGAGAUGGAGCAGUAUUUCCGGGACGUUUACCAAGACCUGGUCAAACUUUGCCACAUGUGUCGCAACAUUGCAUUUCAGAGCCAAAUCUGCGAGAACCCAGGCUGUGGCAUCAAAAUGCACCUGCCUUGUGUUGCCAGGUACUUUAAAGGUCGCACUGAGCCACGCUGCCCAGCCUGUAAUGACUUCUGGCCGCAUGAGAUUCUAGAGAUCAGCAGGCCUCUAUCUCAGUCCCCCAGCCAAUCUGCAGCAGCUAAGGAGAACACAGCCCCCAUGCCCUCAGCUUCUCAUUCAAGGAGACAAAGAAUGUGA